AUGAGAGGAUUGAUCAACAGCGGGUUCCGCUGCGCAACGAACAGUGUACUUCAGUGUCUGCACGCCACCGACGAGCUCAGGGCUGCGCUGCACGGCAUCGGACCAAAUGACGCUCGCUCCAACGCGGCGAGCAAACUGGAAUGUACUUUCAUCAACAUGGACGACAAGGAACAAGCCGCUCCGUACGACCCCAAGUCACUCGUCGAAGUGCUAAGCGAAUAUAGCGGCAUGUGGGACGAGGUAAAACAGGACGCGAGCGAUGUACUCAGGUGUGUGUUGAACGCGCUAGCUGAUGACGAGGACCCCGUGUGCAAAGACGCUGCAGAUCUAUGGGCUAUACCGAAAAGGCACUCUGCCGCGUGUUCCGAGUGUAAAUCGGAAAAUGUGUCCUACGACACGGCCAUGGACGUGAACGUGUACCUUUCUGAAAAGCCUAAGGACCUGCAGGAUUACGUUAACGGAUACUCAGAGUCUUUCAGCGUUCCUGAUAUCUACUGUGACAAAUGUAACGCCUUGACCAAACUGACCGUAACCACUGAUAUCACGGAGUUACCCAAGCUUCUGUGCUUCAACGUCCUGAGAGCUCAAAGGUCCGUGGAAAACGGUGACGGUCUGAUUGUGAAGAACAACGCCGUAUUCAAUGUGUCCGAGGAAUUGGAUUGCUCUAGGAUGUCUGAAGAUGCGCGGGUCUCAAAGUAUGAACUGUACGGCGUGAUAACUCACACAGGCCCUUGUUUGUUUGGUCAUUACGCGGCCUUUGUGAAAAGGAUGUCCCAGUGGUAUCACGUGGAUGAUGAAAAUGUAAAAAUGUGCUCCGCGUUGGCCUUAUCUUGCCCUGAUACGCUUUCGAGCCUGUACAUGUUGAUGUAUAGACAGAUCGACUCACCUCCGAGUUAG